CACAAGUGACACCCAAUUUAAUCAUCACAACUUACAAAGUUUUUUUUUCUAGAAAAAAAAUAAAAAAAUUUAACGGAUAAAUAACAAUAAAAAAAUGAAAAACUUAUUCUCCAACAAAUUAAAAGGAGAAAUUAGCGUAAUGUUCAUAAUCCACAACUAACAUAUGCGGUGGUAAAAGAAUAUACCAAUCAAUCCAACUGAAGAAGUAAAACCAAAUUAAGGUUAAAAUAGUAAUUCCUCAUAUCUUAGACCAUUUAAAAGUUGGAGAUAAUACACUAUUCCUUUCAAUAGUGUUAUGAGUCACAAAAAUAUGUAAUUCACUAUUUAUUUGCAAUGCGCAAUCUCAACCCUCCAUUUUAUACAAAUACAAUUAAUACGUGUGUACUCAACGUCUUUUUAAAAUACGUGCUAAAUAGAUAUUUCACCACUUAAAGCUAACGGAGUACAAAUAUCACAAUUACACUAUUUUAGAGCGCCAUAUGCAUAGGCGUACGGAGCAACAACUAGUAAAAACAAAAAAUGGUAAGUAACUAAGUAGUAAAAAAAUGAAAGCAAAGGACCCCAGACAAAAAUUGAAAAGUGACCUUCAACCCACCCCCUAAAAAUCAAACAUAAACAACUGUAGACAGUUUAAUCUAACAUUAAAUUAAUGUACUAGUAUACUACACCUUACACUUAGCCAGGUAAAGAUGUUUCACAUAAAAAUACUAAUAUUUAUAAACACAAAAAAAAUAAAAACAAAAAAAACAUAAUUUAGGAACCCUCUUUUUAACACCCUCAAAAUCCAAACACUCUUCCAUCAUACUUUCACCAUCCACAUACAUUCCACAACUCUUUUUCUCUCAAUACCACCUCUCUUUCAUUCAUUCUCUCUCUUACUACUAAUCAACAUUUCUAUCAAAAACAACCAAAUUCAUACAUCUAUAUAUUUCAAUUGGUUAUAAAGUUAGUGUUUUUUGCGACGGUUAAUAAUAAUAAUAAUAAUGGAGGCACCGGAUUUCUUCGUGGAGGAUUUAUUAGACUUAUCUAAUGGUGUUGAUGAAAUGAUGACCGACGCUUUCUUCGACAAUGUUACCGGUAAUUCAACUGAUUCUUCGACGUUUACUCCUGCGUCUGAUAGCUGUAAUUCAUCUGUUUCAUGCGCUCCUUCUUUUCCUGACUCCUAUUUUUCCGGCGCCGACCUCUGUGUUCCGUAUGAAGAUGUGGCGGAGUUGGAAUGGCUCUCGAAUUUCGUGGAGGAAUCCUUCUCAACCGACGACUUGCACAAACUCCAAUACUUCCCCGCGGGCCCGCAGCAGCCCGGCCCGGUUCGACCCGGCCCGAACCCGGGUGCGGCGGGGGUGGUACCGGGGAAGGCUAGGAGCAAGAGGUCCCGGGUGGCCCCGUGCGACUGGUCCACCCGGCUGCUAAUGGUGUCGGCACCCUCCCCGGCAACUUCGUCCUCGGAGGCCGACAUGAGCCCGUCAGGCACGAAGAAGCACCCGCCGUCCUCCUCGGGUAAGAGGAGGGAUAGCGGGGGCCCCGAGGGGGUUCCCGGGGAGGUGAGGAGGUGCCUGCAUUGCGGCGCCGAGAAGACGCCGCAAUGGAGGACCGGGCCUAUGGGCCCGAAGACGCUAUGCAACGCUUGCGGGGUCCGGUUCAAGUCGGGCCGGCUUGUACCCGAGUACCGGCCCGCAGCGAGCCCGACAUUCGUGUCGGCCAAGCACUCCAACUCUCAUAGGAAAGUCAUGGAGCUAAGAAGACAGAAGGAGGUGCAAAGACAUCAUCAUAAUCAUAAUCAUCAUCAACAACAUCAUCAACAACAACAAUUUAUCAAUGGUGGUGAUCAUCAUAUGAUUAUGGGUGGUGGAGGAGAGGAUUAUUUCCUACACCAUCAUCAUUUGGGCGGAAGUGAUUACCGGCAAAUGAUAUGAUAGUAAAACAUUAUUCAUUAUCUCGGUAAUCACUCUAAUGUGGUGGUUUCAUUCUAAUUAGUGUAGUAAUUUUUGAUUCUUAGAAUGAAAAUUUCUUGUUUCCUUCAAUUUUUUUUGACAUUUUUAGAUAAUUCAGAGAAUUUUACCACUUGAAAAAAAUAAUUAAAAGUAGAGUUAAUUAAGUUUAAAUGGUAAUUUCUUGUUAGUAUAUCCUUGUCCCCUUUUUCUUUAUUUCUUUUUCAAUGCGGGAAAAUAAGGAGAAAAGUAGAGCUAAUUAGUGGCGAGACAAGAGGAAUGAGGAAAAUUCUCAUUGUUGCUAGAGACUAUAGAACAAUAGAACUCUAAUAAUGGUUGUAUUAGUCUUUAUUUUUCUACUUUUCAUAGUAAUUGUGUCAUCUUUUUGCCCAAUUUGGCAAAUGAUAAUGUUAAUUUUUGUAAUUGAAGCUAA